ACGAGAGCUCGCGUAGGAAUUGUCAAAUUUGGUUGGGUUGGCGAAGCCUGGGCUUGCUUGGUGGCCGAGUUCUUUUGAGAAAUUAUUUUUUUUACCAUAUCGCUCUCUUGUAAACUCUCCGCUGGCAACCUUGCAUUUCACCACUAGCAAAGGCAAAGCAGCCAUGAUGCCAGCCUGAUCUUUCUCAUGGCGUUAUCACAACCCGCCAAAAGCAAGCCGUUACUUUGUACACGGAAAUCCUUUCUCAUUCUCCAGAGGCUUAAAGGUACCUUUGUUGAAGAAGGGUGUCAACUUCGAUCAUCUGGUGAUAUGGGUUCGGCUUCUGGAUCAUCCCUUAGGCCAAGUCGAGAUAAUUUUUCAAAAUGGAGAAAGCUGGACUCGAGGAGCUUGGGGAUAACGAGGUCUAUGAUAUCUCUGUCUUCUUGGAUUGUUCUAAAGAUUCUACGGAGUGCAGGAUUUGACGCCUACUUAGUUGGUGGGUGUGUGAGAGAUUUACUUCUCAAUAAAGUCCCAAAAGAUUUCGACGUGAUCACGACAGCUGGACUUAAGCAGAUCCGGAAGAAGUUUCACAGUGCAGUAAUUGUCGGACGCCGAUUUCCUAUAUGUAGGGUCUCUGUUAAAGGCUCUAUAGUUGAGGUAUCAAGUUUCCAAACUGUGGCUGAACAAUCUGAAAGGAAAGAAGUUUGUAUGUCUCAAAUGCCAGCAGAUUGUACUCAAGGAGAUCUUACGCGCUGGAAGAAUUGCAUGCAACGAGACUUCACUAUUAACUGCUUAUUCUUCGAUCCUUUUGUGAAUGGAAUUUUUGAUUACACCAAUGCGAUGACGGAUUUAAGAUCCUUGAAGCUACAGACAGUAAUACCAGCUCACUUAUCGUUCAAAGAGGAUCGUGGAGGAGAGAGGAAUUUAUUACUUUCUCCUUCAGGAAGUUGUUAUAUUCCUUAUUUUCUUGAAAUUUCUAGAGCAUGGCUGGAGUUAAAUUAUAUGCUAUCCUAUGGAGCAGCUGAGCCCUCUCUCCUUUUACUUCACAAGUUCAAGCUGCUCGAAAUUUUUCUACCAUGUCAUGCAAUGUACCUUGCUAAACAGGCAGGAAAACAACCUGGCCUACGUUCCUCAAUGCUUAUGAGAUUAUUUUUCAAUUUAGAUCAGCUGAUUACGUGUGAUCGGCCUUGUGACUCUACUUUGUGGGUUGCGCUAUUGGUAUUUCACCUUGCAUUGAUUUAUAAUCCUCAACAAGCAGUUGUGGUUUUGACUCUGGCUUCAGUUCUUUAUCAUGGAAAGUGGAAGGAUAGUAUUAAAUUUGCUAGAGAACACGCUCCUGACACAUGUAUUUAUGCACCAGAAGUUUUAAACACUUCCGAUUUCUUAUCAGAUAAUGAAAUUGCUGAAAGAGUCACGCAAUUUGUAGUGCAAGUGCAAAAUUCUGUAGAUCUUUUAGUUGACACAGAUUGCCUUUUGAAAGCAAUGGCCAGUUUCCCAGAGUUUACAUGCUCAGGUCUGGUUUUCAUAUCCAGGAAAAUGGGGCAACAUGUCGAGCAUGUUUUUAAGAUCCUCACAAAAGAUAUUACAUCUUCGAAGACAGACAGAAAUAGCCUGGAGAUUGAUUACCGCUUGCUUGGAGAGGGAAACGUGCGUGAGAUUAGGUUUGUCCUGGGCAAAAUUAUACUGGACACUCUGGUUUGUGGGGAUGACAAAGACAUAGAAGUAUCCAAACGGAUAAAGUUUGAUUCCCAAGCAAUUGAUUUUCCACAAAAUAUGGAGUUUGAAAGUAUUCGGCAGACAUCAAUUUGUAUUAGGAAAGGUGACUCUAUAAGCAAGAUUGGUAAGAAGCGAAGCUUAUCAUUGCCUGAUAAUGAGCUCCUAUUGGACAAUGCUAGUAAGACAAGGUAUUUAGAAGGUAAUAGUUAUGUGGACAAUUUGAGUGAAAAUCAGAAGACAGUUGUGUGUAAGCAGCCCAAGAAGAUGGCUGAGAUUAAGCAAGAUUCUAUGGAAGAGAGAGAUUGCCAAGGUGUAGUCGAGAAGAGUCAGGAGGUAUCUGGCAAAGAAAAUGUUUGUUUACCGAAGGAUUGCUCAACUAAUGAUACUGAAAAUGUGGAGAGUAGUGAUUUGCAUCAAGGGGCGAUAAGCCAAAUGCUGGGAAAGUCGCAACACAAAUUGACGGCAAAGAAGCAGAAAGUGGUUGCAAAUAAAGAAUACCGAGAGAGUCCUGAGAAACAUAUAGAGUCUUUUGAGAAGGCGCACGAUAAGGUUACAAAAAGGCAUCACAUGCCUGAAGAGAAGCAUCACUUACCAAAGGAAAGAAUCAAGCGACAGGGAACAGCGACGGGAAAUGAAACUUCUGAUUCACCUGCUUAUGGGCUGGCUACCGAAGAGAAGGAAAAAGAUGAGCUUGGUAAGAGUGAGAAACAAGGAAGAAGAGGCCCUAAGCUCUCUUCCCUAUUCAAAUGAGCAGCAAAGAAUGGCAUCUGUGCUUGCUAUUCCGUUGAUAUGCAGGGGGAUUCCUUCUUCCCUCAUCGACUCACUUGUUUCAUUAUUGUAACUCAGAGAAUACUACUUGGAAGGAUCUGUGUGACAAAUGGAAAUGACAUUUCGUAUGACAUUGGUGAAUUCCGCAUAUCCUUUGCUAAAGCAACUUAAGCUAGCCAUUAAAUUUCUUUUGUUAAACAAAUAACCAAACAGAACGGGCUUAUAGAAUAGAUAUGUAGUCCCAUUUGUUUCUUCUCUUAUUGUGUUCAUUUUAUCGGAUGUAGCAGUCCUUGGGCAGAUCAAAGCAGCACUUGCAUUUGAUUCAUUCCUUGUGUUUGUACAUUGUCAAGUGCUAGUUAACGUUGUAAAAAUUUUAUUUAUUUUUUAA